UGGAAUAGAUUUGCAUGACCCAAAUUCACAUGCAGCGGGCUUGCAGACUUCUGAUGUUUACUCAAUGGCAUGCAGUCGCCGCAGUAGAGGUUUUUCCUAUGGGAUAAUAUAAUGAAAGGAGCCAGAAUAGGAUUGCGCUGAAUAACCUGGGAAAAUUAAAAGAAGAGUUUAUACCGUAGGAUUGUACAUAUCGACAUUAGAACAUCGUCCGUCUCCACGCACACGGGGUUCCUAAUCCCAUCACAGUAUGUCUGGCACGUAUGCGCUUGCGCUGUCAGAGACCGUGCUUGAAUCGCUCGAUUUGGCGUGUGCUUUAUAUGUUAUUACUCCUAUGCUUCCCAACCUUUUUGAAACGUUUGCACCGAUCGUGCAUUUUCCAUCUAGAACAGCCCUCUGAAAGUUAUUUUAAGUGUGGGUGAAUACGUACACGCAAAAAGAAGCGUCCAUCCCUCACCUAAUUGUUUCAUUUAGUAAUUCAUGUGCACGUAACAACGGCUACGAAGGAUAGAAGGCCGUUUGGUGUUUCAAACGAGUUUUUAAUGGCGAAUGCAGUAUGUUAGUUUUAUGUGGAAUAAAUAUUAAUACAUAUUUUUAAUUAAUAACCGUCAUACACAUAGCUCUUAGUUUUCGUAGCUUUGAUUGGUCAUUUGUACGCCGGUGUACUGUAUAUGUACUGGAGAGUCGAAAAUAUUUUUUAAAAAGCUAAGUACCCCGAGAUCAAGUCCCUGAUGGGCCCCGACCCCCUGUUGAAGUGGAUCGUUUCGGGGAUGGUCAUCGUGCAGCUGCUGGCGUGUUAUCUGGUGCGUGGGCUCUCCUGGAAGUGGGUCCUGUUCUGCGCCUACGCGUUUGGGGGCUGCAUCAACCACUCCCUGACCCUGGCCAUCCAUGACAUCUCCCACAACGUGGCCUUCGGCAACAAGCAGGCCAAGUGGAACCGCUGGUUCGCAAUGUUUGCCAACCUGCCUGUCGGCAUGCCGUACUCGGCCUCCUUUAAGAAGUACCACAUCGACCACCACCGGUACUUGGGGGGGGAUGGGCUGGACGUUGACGUGCCCACCGAUCUGGAGGGUUGGUUCUUCUGCACGCCGCUUCGCAAGGUCGUGUGGCUCUUCUUCCAGCCUUUCUUCUACGCCCUGCGCCCGCUCUGUGUCAAUCCGAAGCCUGUCACCCGGAUGGAAGUGUCCAACGCUAUGGUCCAGUUGUCUGCUGACUUUGUCAUUUACUACCUGUGGGGCCUGAAGCCGGUGGUGUACCUACUGGCUGGGUCCAUACUGUGUAUGGGCCUGCACCCCAUCUCAGGGCACUUUAUUGCAGAGCACUACAUGUUCCUCAAGGGGCACGAAACAUACUCCUACUACGGCCCCCUCAACUUCAUCACCUUCAAUGUGGGAUACCACAUGGAGCACCACGACUUCCCCAGCAUCCCUGGCAGCAAGUUGCCAUUGGUGAAGAAGAUUGCAGCGGAGUACUAUGACACACUGCCUCAGCACACCUCCUGGGUCAGAGUGCUGUGGGACUUUGUAUUUGAUGACAGCAUUGGGCCUUACGCCAGGAUAAAGAGGGAGUACCAACUGGCCAAAGAAGACUGACCAGACCAUCUGCUAACAGCAAAUGCAAGUUCCAUCAAUCCUUAUACCCACAAUUCCUAGCUGCAUUUUUUGCCGAGUUCCACAAACCAGUAGAAAUGCGAGGAAACGUUUUAUUACAUUUUACAAAGUGCGCAGCAGUUUUUCUGAGAAGACUAACAUCACUCCGGACAUUGCAACAGUACAAUGAGGAGAACCCUGUCUUCAGUGAAGUCUCUUGCUGUUCAUUUUGCUCUUCUGACUAAUCUCAUUACAAAGAAUUGGAUCUGUGGCAUUGCUGCUGUGAAAAAUAUUUAAAAUAACAUUGUCACCAUCAUUUUCAAUCAUCCCUUAGACAGCAUAAUUCUUAUAUUUGUUUUAGACUGAUGCUCAAUUCCUCUUAUUUAGAAUCCUUUUUAUUUCAAUACAAUAUAAAUGACCAGUCAGACCUAAUGAAAGACUUGACUGCUUUAACUCAAGAUUUUCAGUAUUUUUUUCAGUGUUUUGCAUGUUCUGAAUAGUCAUUAAGUAUACUGGAUAUGAAAAAGGUACAUUCUUGAGUUUUUGUGUUGAAGAUUUAUACAAUUGUUCUAUAAUAAUAACAAUAAUUAUUUAACAGACUUCAGAAGUUACUGUAUUUUAAUUCUUAAAAUGGAUAUAUUUGUGAAAAAAGCUUGCUUUGCUUAAUUAGGUGACCUAUAUAAAAAUAUCUAAAGAAAUAGAUGGUUUUAUAAAUAUGAAUGAGUAUUUUGAAAUAAAAAUGUGAACUUGUGCAGCAGAACUAGAAUCCAUCCAGUUUUGAUUUGCUCCAUAUUCAAUUAUAGAAGAUGUUUUACAUUCAAAAUGCUUACAACCCUAUUGGAAACAAUAGUGAUUUUACCAUACUAUUUUUAACUAUAGGACCCAGUGAUUUUACCAAUCUGACACAUGCAGUCUUGAUCUAAAAACACAUUAUCUGGCCAACCAUAGAUUACCUGGUGAAUAUACCAUGGCAGAUAUCUUGUUUUUUUAAAUCUGGAAAUUGAAAGUAGUCAGGUGGAUUUCAGAGUCAUAACUUCAAUAUGGCUCGAUCUAUGUAGCUGUAAGCUGUUUCCUAUAUGAGGAUACAUGACAAUAUCUGCGACCUAAUUUCAGACACAUCAUGAGGGUUUUUCACAGGACUGUUCUCGUUGAUUAGGUGCAGUAAAUUUGAACUAAUUACUGUAGGUUUUUGGCAUAUAUUUAUGCACAAACUCAAAAACAUUCUAGGGCAGGGCUUCCAAUCCAUCUCCCUGAGUCAACAGAGAAGCAGCUUAAUCAUCAACAGCUUAAACCUGUGUAGGAGAUCUAAUUUAACAAUCUUCCUGAGAGUUCAAUGAAGAUUGAACAAUGAAGACCUAGAGAAACUACUGGUCUAUUAGUCUUGAGGGUCUGGAUUUAGAGAAUUACUGACUUCCCACUUUUAAAGUCACCAUCUGCUGUAGUCACAGGACAGGUUUGUUUAAUGCUUACUUAUAUCCCGUUUUAAAUGAUGGAUAUGACAGCAUUUUAUAUAACAAACUGCAUUUGUUAGAUACAAUUAUUUGUAUGGUGAUCCACACUUUUCCAAAAUAAAGGAAAGCGCAGCUUUCCACUCAACCAAUAGCACAAAAUCAAACGAGAUUAACCGCCUGUGCAUUUAAGUCAGCACACUGAACAAACACAGGAAAGUUUGUUUUUAAAGGCUAAACGCUGUCAGGUACUACCACACAUACCAUAUUUGUGUUCUCAAUUCAUUCUGCAAUGUUCACACCUCCAGGUUAAAUAUUUACCUUUUACGAACAAGCAACCCCAAAAUGGCACAGGAUAUUGUCCAUGCACUGUAGAAUUAAUGGAAGUAAGGAAACCAAAAAUAGAUGGUAUGUGUUUAUAUAAUGCUGUAAGGGAGGAAUAUGACAUUUUCAAAGCGCACUGCACUGACCAGAUCAGGUGAAGCAGCAGUUGCUUUAAUCCAGCUGUAAAUCAAGUGACCAUCAGAUGAAAGUACUGAGAAGACAUGUGAAAACUAAACAACCUAAAGACCAGAAUGUAACAUUUUUAACCUCUUUCAACAAAAACUUCGUACAACAAAUACAUUGUUCACAGUUUUAUUUAAAUGGAUUUAAAACUCAGUGUAUUUUUUUAAACCAGGAAGCACUUGGUCAAAAAGGGAAAUAAAAUGAACAAUACUUCACCAAAUCCUUGCAGUCAAUAAACAUUUUUAUUAACAACA